GGCGAGCAAGCGGGGGCGUGGCCGGAAGAAGGUUCAUUUCAAAGAGGUAAUAGAUAGUUUUCUUACCCAAUAGAAUUGCAAACGAGCCUCCGAAACCGGUAGAGCUCGGGAGUAAGGGCGGUAGAAGCCAAUGGGGACUGGGAAGGGCGGGCCAGGGCCGGCCGAGCGGAAGUGGGUCUCCGUGAGGCGGUGGAGUCCUGCUUGAGCGGGUCUCCUUAGCGGCUGGUGGCGGUGGUACGUCCUUGCUCGAGCUCGUCGACUGUGGCGUCUGCCUGAUCGCACCAACUCCAAAACUUGGAAAUAUUGGACAUCUAAUUGACUCCAAAUUGUAAGCCACAGGAUGAGUACUCACAGGGCAUGAAAGAUUGAGAACUUUCAGCCUCCCAAUAAACCUUGGUGUAUAUCACUUACUUUUCUGUGGAUUGAAGCCAGAGAGCACAAUGAGUACAAGAAAUCCUCAAAGAAAGCGGCGUGGUGGAACAGUAAGUUCUAGACAAGCCCAGAAGCGAACUCGGGAAACAACUUCAACCCCUGAGAUUUCCUUGGAAACAGAACCCAUAGAACUCGUGGAAACUGCUGGUGAUGAAAUCGUGGACCUCACCUGUGAAUCUCUAGAGCCUGUGGUUGUGGACCUCACUCACAAUGACUCUGUUGUGAUUGUUGAAGAAAGGAGAAGGCCAAGAAGAAAUGGGAGGAGGUUACGCCAAGAUCAUGCUGACAGCUGUGUGGUGAGCAGUGAUGAUGAGGAACUGUCUAGGGACAGAGAUGUAUAUGUGACUACCCAUACUCCUCGAAGCGCCAGGGAUGAAGGAGCUACAGGACUCAGGCCCUCAGGUACUGUCAGUUGUCCAAUCUGCAUGGAUGGAUACUCUGAGAUUGUACAGAAUGGGCGCCUCAUUGUUUCUACAGAAUGUGGCCACGUCUUCUGUAGCCAGUGCCUCCGUGAUUCCCUUAAGAAUGCUAACACUUGCCCAACUUGUAGGAAAAAGAUCAACCAUAAACGGUACCACCCCAUUUAUAUAUGAAAUGUUCAGAACUGCUCAGGAUAGACCAAUGGACAGACAGCCAGGCUGAGCUUUCUGCAUGGUAUCUGCCUCCAGUUUCCUGAGCUAAAAAAGACUUUCAAAAAUCAAUGUCUGAUGUAAACUGCUCUUUUGUUUUCCAACCCCUUAGAUCCUUUUGUUUUCUCCAGUUUGAUGCUAUCGAGCGGGAUCCUCCCAGGUCAGCUUAGCAUCUUUGCUCCUGGGUAUUCUGAGAUGGGAGUAGGAGAAAAGGAGUCAGGCACAUUGGAGUUUGAGUAUUGUGGCUCCAGCCUCUUUAUGGAGCUUACAUGUUGGCCAAGAAGUUUCCCUGUUGGGAAAGUUUGCCCCAACUCUUCUGGGUACAGAACCUUUCCAAGGUAUCUGCCAGUUAGCUAUUCUGCCUGCCACACAGUGACCUGGCCAGACAUAGUCCAUCCAACCCAAGGAUCCCAGUACAGAAGCCGGCCCUGAAAAGCCCUGCUGGUGGACUUUUAUUUUUCUUUGGAGAGCAGAGGUGAUCUGUGAUUCUACCUGUACCUUAUCAUUGAUGUGCAGUGUUUUCUGCAAAUCAAGAGACCCUCUGCAGGGCAGCCAUGUUUCCUAAGAAUGAGAAAGUGCAAUAAAGCCCCUUCUUCACCUGCUCUUCAGCAAUCCGGAAGAUGUAGCACUGCUAGUGUCCUCAGCCCAGUGUUGCCUAUGGGAGCAGUGCCCAUCGCACCCCAUCUCUGUUCACCAACUGUUCUCAGGAACCCUACCCAUGCUCCAAAGUUCUUUGCCUGGCACAGAACAUUCAAGGCCAGUAGGACAAGGAAGUUUUUUGAGUGUUCUCUCUUUUCUGCUAUGUCCUGUUUUGUCCACAGUGCUCUCCAACCCUCAGUUUUUCAGUUCCCACUGCCUAAUGUCUGCCCAAGCAUAGAUACCAGGAGGUGGUAGCAGUAACAGUGGCCUUAUCAGCUGUUCACUUCCAUGCUUUUACCCAAGUCACUGUUGCCCAUGUUUCAGAGGUGUUGCCCUACUCAGCCUGCCACUACCCUGGCUUUCCCACAGCCCUUGAGUAGAUCGAUAUUUCCAAAGCUGUUCUUCUGGCCAAUUGGGCUUCGAUCCUCUGGACUUUUGACUGCUUUGACGGAUUUGAUCAGCAAAGCAUGGUGCCUCUUCCUCCCCGUGGGACCACAUAACAAUCCCUGCUCCACUCCAUAUGUGUGGGAGCCUCUUGUGCUCUCUCGGAGGCAGUGAAGUGGUAAAUUGCCCCUGGGGACACAAGGCACAGGGUAGCUCAUAGAGGAUAGGCCUUCAGUGCCAGCCUGCCUCCACCUCCACGCUAUUUCCUCAGAGGGUUUCAAGCCAAACCAAUAGCCUUUUUGUGUGAAACAUCCUUGAGGUGGGAAAGGGACCACUGGAGCUUUGCUAGCAAUAACUGACUUUCAGUUUACUAUUCUGAUGGAGCAGGGACUCAGCACAGAACUCACUUUAAAUGGAGCUGAAGGAGUGUCCCUCCUCUAUGUGAAAAGAAGAUAGUUUUAUUCUUUACUCUGACUUUUUAAACUGUUUGACUUCCAGUUAGUUUUAAUGAGAGUAGUAAUUUUUUUACAUGGACUCAGAGGGUAGGAGCAUUAGCUCUCAUCAUUGUAAUGUGUGGAGUGUGCCCUCCCCUUGGAUGUCACAGCCAUUGAGUUCCCUGUGGGCCUCAUGGACUUGCUCUUGUUAGUUCUAAUGAUAGCCAGACUUAAAGGAGCCAAGGUGACCAUGCAGCCAGUUCACCAGUAAAUAUGGUGACACCCACUUAAAAAUUCAUUAUUUCCUUAAAGAUGGUUUAUGAAGUUGAUCAUAAAAGUUCUAUUACUUCAUCCUAAAUUAAAUUGAGAAAAAUAUGUGUUAUAGUUCUACUAAUCAGAAGCUGAAUUAAUAGGAAAAGGUUGGUAUAGAAAAAUCCCUUUCCUUUUUCCUUAAUGUAUAUAGUUUAACUCUUUGUUACAUUUAAACUAUGCUCAUGGAUAUCAGUCUGUUUUGGACUCCUGCUAGUGUUAAAGAUGGAAAUAAAGCAAUUUGAACCAAGUUUCUCUCAUUCAUUAAUUUGAUCUUUGGAACAUUUUACCUAAAAGUGUAUGGUGUUCAUUCAGUGUGAUUUAUACCUGGUGUGGGCAGGGAAUUACUGCUCAUCCAGAAGAUGACAUUCAUAUUGCUACAUCCCAGGCCUGGGAAUGUCCAAAAGUAGUCUACUGUGAGAAGUAUUGCUCGCUGGAAAUACAAGUUCCAGAGUCUUUGUUAUGAACAUCACUGGCUAAAAUUGUCACACUGCUCCUGACCACUCGCACAGAAUUUGUGCUGCCUGUGAGAGUUAACCCCAAAGUGCAUGAACAUACGCAGCCAUAGGAAAGCCCUGCCAGAGAAGCUAGUUGGGUGUGACUUGUAUUGCAGGCUAAACACCUGUCAUGUAAAAUCUUAAUAAAAUGUUUUAGGUUUCUUUUGUUUUA